UAUCUGUCAAGUAUGAGAAACCAACAAAAAAAAAUUAGUAAAUAUUUCUCUUACUUGUUAUUUUAAUUCCAAGUUCUAACUUAGAGUUAUGUUUUUGUGUUUAAUAACUAAACUCAUAACUUAACAUGUGAUAACUAGAUACAGUAUCAGUUAAAAAAACAAAAAUUUAUUCCAUCGUGAAACCGUGAGUCUAUGUAUUUGAAUCAUGGUCCAGAUAUGCUGUGUGGACGGAUGCGACGAUUCAAAAGAAGAUGUUACGUAUUUUAGGUUCCCCAACAGCCGUACUCUCCGUCGGCGCUGGUUGGAUGCCUUUACACCAUGCUGUAAAGUGACCGUAGACUCGGUGGUCUGCAGUCAGCAUUUCCUUGAAGACCAGUAUGAGACGGUCAGAGGCAAGAAGAGGCUGAAGGCGAAGGUCAUACCUACUAUAUUUUGUAUUCAAAAUAAACCUAACAACGAUACGACUUCGACAGAAGAAAAUGAAGAAAUUCCCGCCAAAACGAAUACAAAAACAAGUUACACAGAUACGGAAGACACCGCCAUGUCACCGAAAAACAACGAUAAUAGUUCCACAGAUACAGAAACUGAAACCACAGAGCAUAGACACGAAGAAAACAAAAUGGCUACCGAUACCAUGCAUAAUGGAAAUAGUGACAAUAUAGUAAUGGCUACUACGACCAUAAAUAAUGAUAAUAGUCAAAAUAUAUUUAGGACAGUUCCAAGCGUACCAAAAAUAGAUCCAGAGAGCAAUCCCAUAGGCGAUAUUGAGGACAUCAUAACAAAUUAUCUAAUAAGACAGAUCAGACCACUGAAUACGGAAACGCACACACAAACACAAGAGGAACGGACGAAUGGAGAAACGGAAAUGAAUGAGAAUGGAGAGAAAAGAGAGGGAGAAAUGGGAGGGUUCGAAACGAUUGAUGUCGACGCGUUAAAGGAUCCGGUUUUUAUAGAAGUGUCGGUUGAUAAGGCUGGGAGUGCAGAUCAGACCAAUCAAGACUGUCUGAUGUUGUUGGAGAGCGUCCAAUGUGAGGUGGACCCCACUAGCAUGGUCUUUCAAGAGCCGGAGUCCGAUGGUAGUUCAGACGUCAUCGACUUGGGAGAGAAAAAAGAAGAUCCGAUCAGCCUCCUAACGUCGAGCGAUGAAGACGAGGUAAUAAUCGAAGAACCGGAAAUCGAUACCGUCGAAGUCUCCGACGAGACCGACGAGGACGACGUUCCUCUCGUCAAACUAGUCGACAAGAGGCCGACGAAAUCUAAGAAAACUAAAUCUAAGAAAUCUACGAAAACGAAUAGCGAGGACAUAGCGAAGAUUAUGUGGGGCGUUUACGAUUACUUCUGCGUUCAGUGUCACUUUAGGAGCACAAGUCGGUCAGAAUAUAAGAGGCAUAUGUCUGAGCACUUAACAGUGUUACAAAUAUGCCCGAUAUGUAAUUAUACGACCGCAAGUAAGUCACAGUUCGCGAGGCACAAGCGAAAACAUCUAGACGAGAAGAAAUUUAAAUGCCAUUUAUGUGAUUACAAAGCGAGGCACAACAUGAGUUUAAUAUACCAUCUGAAAAGCCACGAAAUCGGUGAGCCUGGGAAGACGAAGCAAUUUAAGCGUAAGCGCCACAAGGGUCAGAAGGUACACAAAUGUGGUUGUUGCAACUACGCGACAACUAGGCUCGGUGACAUGAAAAGGCAUGUUAUGAGGCGGCAUACAUAAGUGACAUGUCGAAAAUACGUGUAAAUUAUCUGUAAAUAUUGAUUGUGAACAUUGUUGAUAGAUGUGAAAUAAAAUAUAAACAAGAAAA